AUGCAGGUCACAAAUGCUUCUCCACUCGAAUCGUCACUCCGGCCCGAUGCGAGUAACCGACUAAGAGAAGAGGAGGACACGUCCACAGACUGGGUCAAAGUUCGCCGUCCCUCCGAUUCUCCACUAGCACCAGGAGACUCGUGCCAAAGUCCUCGAAAUGAACUUCCAGAUCAGCUACCAUCACCAUCGCUGACCAGAUGCGAUCAGGGCUUUCCCCCACCACCACCACCAUCACCACCUCUGGAUCAUCAUGUCGCGCGAAAACACGAGGCUGAUCAAGAUCAGCCUGACUGUUCUCCACCUCCAAAGCGAGUACAAUCGUCUCACGAGACCGCAGAAGCACCAAAAAGACUUGACUGGUGGCUGUCGACUUUGGCAAGCGGGGAAGAUUUGGAAGAUCCAGAGAUACCCAAGGUUGCCCACGGUACGAGCGGGCCUACGCCAGCCAGGUCGCGGUCGCAAUCAUUCGAUUCGUGGGGGAGGGUACCAUCACAGUCACGAGAUGGAUCAGAAUCCCAGGACGAGAACGCUGAGAAGUCGCGCAAGCGCCGGAAUCUAGACAAAAUGGCGACAUGCCUGAUAGGGGUAUUGUCGCAACAAUACGAGGAUGAACGCGAAAAUGCAGAUCGGGAGCGACGCGCGGCGGAGGAGAGGGAAACGCUGUUAUUGGCGCAACUAGAGCAGCAACAGAAGAAGUCAGAGGAGCAACAGAACAAGUUAGAGCAACAGGUAAAGGAGCUUCAGGAAAUACUCAAAGAGCAAAGAGAGGAGAACAAACGGCAGAGAGCAUACAUUGAACAACUCUUGCAGAGAACACACUCUUGA